AUGAAUGAAUCAAAUUUUAUCCUAUUUCAUUGGAUACAAUUUGCCAACAUAUCGAUCAAAAGCUUCAUUCAAAUGGUCGAUGAAACACUUUGGGAGUUCAAUUUUUUGCUUUUCUAUUUUUUCUUCUUGUUAUUUUCUCUUAUCAGAUAUAAAACACUGCACGAGUUAACCAGUUUCCACCCUUGUAUGUUAAGGGCUCACGUUAGACUGAGAGCGUUGAAGUCAUUUAGACGAUUCACAGCGAGAUACAACUGGUACUGGACCUGA